GGACACGGUUGAGGUAGGUUGCCCGUGUAGUGCUUUUUCUAAGUUCCAAUGGCGUACAGAGAGAGCAGGGGCAGUAGGAUUUUACUAUCUUUAGGACUUUUAGUGUUUGCGAGUUCAUUUUGCCGUUGUGCAAAACUUAAGGCAUUGGAUAAAUUAAGAGAAAACUCAACGCUAGGCGAAGGUCAAGCUAAAGCAGGGGAUCUGUGCUAUGGAAGACUCUUAAUUGGACAAAAUUCUCUGCCAGAUGAUAAACUCAACAGAACCAAAGCCACAAAGAACUUCCUGGAUGUUGAUACAGAUUACCAAGAGGACAUGGGUUGGGGCAACCCUGAGCAACUUCAAAGACUGGGUUAUGGCUUUUCUAAGCCAGAUAAUGCAGCAGUGGAACGACUCCUUCUAAUGGACCCAAAGGUUGAAUGUACAGGAGACUCCAUGAAGCUUCAAGUCCAAAAUGCUGCCUCUACCCCUGGAUCUCUGUUCUUUGUGGAUAGGGGAAGUCGCAUGUCUCCUCUGGCUCUGUCUAAGUUGCCACCAAGCUGUGGUUACACCAUCAGGUCAACGCGAAGAGAUUUGGUCUUAGUUGCACCUUACGAUGGAUGCUUUGUCGUUCUUGAGGAGGAUAGCUAUGUUCUCCCAAUCCGUUGGUUGGGGUUAAACGUGAGGAUGUCAUGCCCUUUGAUGCAGUCUUCACCUAACCCACCGAUGGUCACCUGCCACGCUGAGGGCAUGGUCGUGAAAACUGGAUGGACAGUCUCGAUUGCUGAAAUUAAUAUAAAUUUGAAUGGUAACUGGGAGCCAUUGAUGAAGGCUUCAUCCAGAUGUGGUUUCAGUGUAGUUGUACAUCCUGAAGGUGUGGUCAUCUCAGUUCACUAUACACCCUGCAUGGAGAAGAAAGAUGGAAUGUAUACCCUUGAAUUGGCAGGAGAGGGAGAAACUAAAAUGUCCUGUCCUGCACUGCCUUGGCCACCAGCAUCUGGAGCUCCACAGCAGCAGCCCUUCUACCUUCAGCCAGAGACUGAAAAGCCAACUGCUGAUCCAAGGCCUCUGCAGACUAAAGCCCCUCAGGGCAAACUACAACCACCAUUCUACCUCUACCCCUUCUACCCUCAGCCAGUGACUGAAAAGCCAACUGCUGAGCCAAGGCCUCCACAGACUAAAGCCCCUCAGGGCCAAGUACAACCACCAUUCUACCCUCAGCCAGAGACUGAAAAGCCAACUGCUGCUCCAAGGCCUCCACAGACUGAAGCCCCUCAGGGCCAAGUACGACUACCAUUCUACCCCUACCCCUUCUACCCUCAGCCAGUGACUGAAAAGCCAAUUGCUGCUCCAAGGCCUCCACAGACUGAAGCCCCUCAGGGCAAAGUACAACCACCAUUCUACCCUCAGCCAGAGACUGAAAAGCCAACUGCUGCUCCAAGGCCUCCACAGACUGAAGCCCCUCAGGGCCAAGUACGACUACCAUUCUACCCCUACCCCUUCUACCCUCAGCCAGUGACUGAAAAGCCAAUUGCUGCUCCAAGGCCUCCACAGACUGAAGCCCCUCAGGGCCAAGUACAACCACCAUUCUACCCCUUCUACCCUCAGCUAGCGACUGUAAAGCAAACUGCUGAUCCAAGGCCUCUGCAGACUGAAGCCCCUGAGGCCAAAGUACAACCACCAUUCUACCCUCAGCCAGAGACUGAAAAGCCAACUGCUGCUCCAAGGCCUCCACAGACUAAAGCCCCUCAGGGCCAAGUACAACCACAAUUCUACCCCUACCCCUUCUACCCUCAGCCAGUGACUGAAAAGCCAACUGCUGCUCCAAGGCCUCCACAGACUGAAGCCCCUCAGGGCCAAGUACAACCACCAUUCUACCCUCAGCCAGAGACUGAAAAGCCAACUGCUGCUCCAAGGCCUCCACAGACUAAAGCCCCUCAGGGCCAAGUACAACCACAAUUCUACCCCUACCCCUUCUACCCUCAGCCAGUGACUGAAAAGCCAACUGCUGCUCCAAGGCCUCCACAGACUAAAGCCCCUCAGGGCCAAGUACAACUACCAUUCUACCCCUACCCCUUCUACCCUCAGCCAGUGACUGAAAAGCCAACUGCUGCUCCAAGGCCUCCACAGACUAAAGCCCCUCAGGGCAAAGUACAACCCCCAUUCUACCCUCAGCCAGAGACUGAAAAGCCAACUGCUGCUCCAAGGCCUCCACAGACUAAAGCCCCUCAGGGCCAAGUACAACCACAAUUCUACCCCUACCCCUUCUACCCUCAGCCAGUGACUGAAAAGCCAACUGCUGCUCCAAGGCCUCCACAGACUAAAGCCCCUCAGGGCCAAGUACAACUACCAUUCUACCCCUACCCCUUCUACCCUCAGCCAGUGACUGAAAAGCCAACUGCUGCUCCAAGGCCUCCACAGACUAAAGCCCCUCAGGGCAAAGUACAACCCCCAUUCUACCCUCAGCCAGAGACUGAAAAGCCAACUGCUGCUCCAAGGCCUCCACAGACGGAGGCCCCUCAGGGCCAAGUACAACCACAAUUCUACCUCUACCCCUUCUACCCUCAGCCAGUGACUGAAAAGCCAACUGCUGCUCCAAGGCCUCCACAGACUGAAGCCCCUCAGGGCCGAGUACAACUACCAUUCUACGCCUACCCCUUCUACCCUCAGCCAGUGACUGAAAAGCCAACUGCUGCUCCAAGGCCUCCACAGACUGAAGCCCCUCAGGGCCAAGUACGACUACCAUUCUACCCCUACCCCUUCUACCCUCAGCCAGUGACUGAAAAGCCAACUGCUGCUCCAAGGCCUCCACAGACUGAAGCCCCUGAGGGCAAAGUACAACCACCAUUCUACCCUCAGCCAGAGACUGAAAAGCCAACUGCUGCUCCAAGGCCUCCACAGACUAAAGCCCCUCAGGGCAAAGUACAACCACCGUUCUACCCUCAGCCAGAGACUGAAAAGCCAACUGCUGCUCCAAGGCCUCCACAGACUGAGGCCCCUCAGGGCCAAGUACAACCACAAUUCUACCUCUACCCCUUCUACCCUCAGCCAGUGACUGAAAAGCCAACUGCUGCUCCAAGGCCUCCACAGACUGAAGCCCCUCAGGGCCGAGUACAACUACCAUUCUACCCCUACCCCUUCUACCCUCAGCCAGUGACUGAAAAGCCAACUGCUGCUCCAAGGCCUCCACAGACUGAAGCCCCUCAGGGCCAAGUACGACUACCAUUCUACCCCUACCCCUUCUACCCUCAGCCAGUGACUGAAAAGCCAACUGCUGCUCCAAGGCCUCCACAGACUGAAGCCCCUGAGGGCAAAGUACAACCACCAUUCUACCCUCAGCCAGAGACUGAAAAGCCAACUGCUGCUCCAAGGCCUCCACAGACUAAAGCCCCUCAGGGCAAAGUACAACCACCAUUCUACCUCUACCCCUUCUACCCUCAGCCAGAGACUGUAAAGCCUGUAAUGUCAACCCCUGCUACCACCAUGCAGCAACCACAACAGGUCAUAACUCUCACCAGUGAGCAACCUCCCCUGGAAUCUGGUUUUUCACAACCUAGUAAUAGUGAUGUAGUCCCACAAGGCCCUCAACAGGGCUCUCCAUAUAUGCAACCUGUGGCCUGCCCUCAGUUUUGCCUAUCUGGAAUUUCUAAUUGCUGUCCACAAAUUGCUUUUCAUCAACAUCACCAUCAUAUUAUUCCUUCUGGGCUUGGUAGUAAAGAUGCACCUUCACUUUAUCCAGGACUGCCAUUCCCCCAAUUAGCAUAUUCAGAGUUUCACAGUAGUUUAGGUUCUGGUCCCCUUCCUCAAAAGCCAACCAAAACAAUGAUGAUGCAAGCUACCCCAACUGCUACCACAGCUCAGUCCCAGUACCUUUCAUCUGGAAAUGAAAAGCAGCCACCAGAUGGCAACCCUGCUAUACUAAAUUAUCCCAGCAAGCCUGGAAGUUUUGAACAGCCACUUUAUCCUUUUGUACCAAAUUCACUAUAUCCUUAUUGGCCCUAUAUACCACAAAAUGAGGCACUGCAAAGACUACCACAAAACCAAUCCCCAGCUCACUACAAUGUGCACUCUAAACGUCACACUCCAGGUAGUGAACCUGUAAAUCCAGUGCUGCAAUAUGAGCGGUCUCCAAUGCAGCAAAAUGGCCAAUUAGCAUGGGACAUUAAUAAUUCCUCUGGGCCUGAUUUCAUGUCUCAUAUUGGCAAAUAUCUACAUCAGCAGCACAUGGCAAAGCAGCAAAAUGCACCUAAAGCCAGGGAACUACAACAAUCUAAUGAAGCCAGUAAAUCUAGGCUAAUGCAUCCAAAGGUCAAAAGUGAAACUGAUCGUCCUCUGGUCCCCUACGACAUGCUUCAAGAUGCUAAAGCACAAACUUAUGAGAAGUUGAUGACCCCCAACAAUGCCUCCCAGCCAGAACAUAAACAGACUGUUCACUCCUAUCUUGAACCAAAGAGUUAUGUGCUGCUACAGCAUGGCCCACCAGGUAGGAAGUCAAACUAUUCCAGUGAAUCUCCACUGCCUUCCAGAGACCUGGUUUAUGAUGCAGACUUGAAGGCACACAAUCUUGCAAGGCAUCACAGCAGUAAACUUCAAGAUCCUCAAAAUGUGAAGCCCCCACAAGAAAACUCCCAACACCCCAAAAUGUUGGAGAAAGUAAUGUCCCAUCCCUUACCUGAUGUCAACUACAUUCCAAGGCCUGAUGAUGAACCAAGUUUACCAUUUAUCUCUUUGGAUGACCCACAUUCUGUUCCUUUGCCCCAGGACCCCUUUGUCAAUGGGGCACAUUUAAACCCUAAAUUCAAAGACUUCUGGAGGCCUAUGACACCACUAGGCUCCAGCCAAAGCAUUGAACCUCAUGUUCUUGUAAAAGCAUUUCAACAAAGCUCUGCAGCUGACCAACAGGCAAAUGGACUUAACCAACCCAACAAGCCAAUCCUUCAGCGAGGUGGAAAUCGGAGGCACAAAUGAGUUGCCUUCAAUGUGAAUAAACAAUUGGAACUAGA